AAUUGUUGGUCAGUCGCGCCAGAGUACGUGAGGCGAUCUAAUCACAAGGGAACUCCGGAGAGUUUUGUGACGUUCCGAACAGACAGCAUUAAAACAAACAAAUGGAAAACAACGAAACAGACGAAAAGGGUGUUAAAUAUUAUCGCCUGUCAGACGUGGAGGAGCGGAACUCCUUUAAAAGCACAUGGAUUAUCAUUCAUAAUAAAGUGUACGACGUCACAAAGUUUCUCGAGGAGCACCCGGGUGGAGAGGAGGUGCUGCGAGAGCAGGCCGGUGGAGACGCCACGGAGAGCUUCGAAGACGUCGGCCACUCCACAGAUGCCCGUGAGAUGGCCAGUUCUCUGCUCAUAGGCGAGCUGCAUCCAGAUGACAGGGACAAGCUCGCCAAACCACCAGAAUCGCUUGUAACAACCGUACAAGAAAGCACAAGCUGGUGGUCAAACUGGUUGAUACCUGCGGUCGCUGCAGUAAUCGUCACGUUGAUGUACCGUAUAUACACUGCGGAGGAGGCGUGAGGGGCUGUUUCGCUCACAACUACAAUACCCAUAAUCCAUUUCAGGGUUUCCCAUUACCAUAUAAAGAGUCUACUAAUGAAGGCAACUUUUGUGUUAGUUUCUAUGUCUGUUGUCCCGCACCCCUUGAGAUUUAAGCACCGCACUGAUGCAUGCAGAUGAUAAAUGAAAGGAUAUUUUAGAUCCAGCAUUACGGACACGCGUGCUGAAGAUGAAGUUUUGACCGUCUAAUUGUUUCGUGUUAUGUAUUAUUACGUGCCUGCCAUUGAUCCGGUUGAAAUGUCCGUGCUGGAGUGGGGAACAUCCUAAAUAUUAUAUGAGAAAUAAUAUAGUUUCAGAUGUUGUUAAUCUUCAUGUUAUUGCCAUGUGAUUGUACUUGGACCAGAGAGAAAGGAUACGAAUGUAGAAAUUCUUAACGAGAGAAUUAAUUCAUGAAACGCGAGGUGUUACUGUUUAUUGAAAAAUAGGGCAAUUCAUUUAGUCAUAUAUAAUUGAUUGAUUGAUUUUUGAUCCCCAAAAUCAAAAGAUAAAUAGAUAAAUUCAUGCACACGUAGAUAUAAAUAAGAUUUUGCAGAAACAAAGUUUAUUUGUAGGGUCAUUGGUGCUUAUUUCUUCAUCGUAAUAAAAAAAAAAUAAAAAUUUGUUCUAUGCAAAAAAAAAAGUCAUGUUUGUCUUUUGAAUUUGGGGUGAAAUAUGUUUAACUCGUGAUUGUACACAACCUAACCAAAAAUACCAUGAUGUGCUUGAUUAGACAGGGGGCUAGUGAAAAGCAACGCGGUUAUAAUUGUAUUUUCGGAGCCGUUUAAAGGCAUAUCACGUGCCACCGUAAACAGUGCCGAUACAUUCCCUUUUUUCCUGUAACAAAAGCGAACGUAACGUACUUGAUGUAAGAUAUAAAACACAUGCAGCUUUCCUACAGAAACAUCCUUUCAGGUGUUUACAGUGUGUGUGUGUGUGUGUCCAGUGCUGCUCCUAACUGAUCCUCACCUGUUUUAGUGUUUGACUGAAUGCAGCAGGCUUGUAUGUCCCAAUAAACAAAGAAAACGAU